AUGGGGCCCCUGCAAGCAUCUGUAGAUGCAUUGCUUCAAUUCAUAUUGGCGGAUAAGUUGAUCACCUGUCUAGAAAUUCCUUGCUCUAUUUGUGAUUUUGACCUUUUAAUAGUGGCUGUUGGGUACUCAGCCGCUUUUCCUCAUCCAAUGCUCCGUAGCCAGAGGCCAUUCCACUGGGGGAUCAGUUUCCUACGAGUUUCCAGCAACACAUCCAGUGUCUGCCUGCAAAUACCUUUUUCUACUCAUUUUGCCAGCUUUUCUAUUGUGAAUAAUGAUACGAUCAGUGCUCUUUGCCAUUGGGGGAAGCUGAUACAUUUCGAGGGACCAAGAUUCCCCUGCUCAGUUUGCAACGACGUAUCACGUGAUUCCAGUUGCGCUAGAAGCUACUCUUCAAAACUCAUCCCAGAAGACCCCUUUGAAUUGUACAAGGAGAAGAUUAGCCUGUUGCACAGGAGACAAGCCUCCUUGACUAACAUGUUUUCACAAACAAAGACAACACUUACUGCUGUUUCAUCAACCCCUGCCACGUCACUACCUUUUUCUGACAUGCAAGCGGCCUCAAAUCCCCGCGAAAUAGAGGAGGAAAUCAUUAUUGAUGACUCAAACACAGACAGCCCCACAGAGAAAGACGGGAAAACGAAUUCUAAGCGAAAGAGCAGUUUUAUGGCUUCACAUGUCAAAGUCGCGAAGAGAGCAUCCGCAAAGACGAAUGUUUUUCCUUACUUCUCCUCUGUCCCUUCUUCUUCCUCCCCGUCCACGUCUGAAUCGUUCCGCAGCUCUGUGUUGGAGUUUGGCCCCGUGAAGGCUCUUGACCCGAUUCCCGUAUCGUUUCUCACUUGGAAUAUCAACGGAUUGCUCCCUCGCAUUCGCGCCUCUCAGUGGACACAAUUUGCAGACUACGUAAAGGAGGCAAAGCCCGAUGUUAUCUGUUUGCAAGAGAUCCGCCUGCCUGCUUUCGGCCCUGCAGGAUGCCGGAAGAACGACGGGGAGCCGCGAGAUCGAGGAGCUGUUCGAGUAGAACUUGCAGCAGCAGCGUCAGCAGCGGAGAGGAAAGAAGUGCAGACGAUUGCCUGUGCCCUUCGUGAAGCUGUGAAAGCUCUGCCUGACUAUCGCAUCUUGAUGUCUCUAGCUGACUGGAAAUACAGCGGACAGUUUUUGCUCCUGAGGAAACACUUGCGGGUGGAGUCCAUUCGUUAUAAUCUGAACGAGGAGGACCCGAGUGUUCACCACACGGAGGGUCGGGUCAUAGUGGCUGAUUUUGGUCGUUUUUCUUUCCUGACAACAUACUCCCCGAACAAUGGAUGGGCAGAAGGCAGUUUCCAACGGAGGAGGAAGUGGGACGAGGCUCUCCUCAAGUUUGUGCAGCGCAGUAUUAUAUGCGAUGCUUAA